AUGGAUCAGCCACGUCACGUUCAUGAUCUUGCCGACGAGCUAUUGAGCGAAAUACUGCUUUUUCUCCUCGAGCCAGCACCUAGAGCCGUAAACGAUUCAUUCUACACCAAUGGCUCUGGGAAUGCCAUUGAAUACGGGGAAGCAUCCGACCUCGAUCGCUUUCGUCUGGUCUGCAAGCGCUUCAUGCGAAUCGGCACCCCUUAUAAGUUUUCCCGUUUCAUCCUGCGAUUCUCCGAACAUGGCUUCCGGCGCCUGGGGGAACUGUUAGAAAUGCAGCUGGCCUGCUAUGUAAAGACUCUCACGUACAUGGUGCGACCCUUUUAUCAAGGAAGCGGAUGGGCCCGAAUACUACGAACACUGGGAACAGAGAACAACGCCCUAUCCCAACUACACAGCCGACGACUACAAGAACAAACAAACCUAACCGAAACAAACUACGACAAAAUCCAACUCCAGCACGCGAUCGCCGCCUUUACCUCUCUCCAAGAAAUAAAACUCCUAAGACUCCAAGACCACCGAGACGAACGCCUAGCCGACUUCAUCCGCGACCACCACUAUUCCCAAACAGGAAUCCGCCUAGACUGGGAACCAGCCUGCACACGCGCAGUAACAAACCUAGGAAUCGCCCUCCUAAACUCAAAAUGCAGCUCCAUCCGCUUCACAGCACCACAGAUCAGCCCAGAAGCAACCCUCCAACUCCUCCGCGCGCCCUCAACAACCCUAGCGGCAAUGGGGACCCGCCUCACAAGCCUCGAUAUAAACUUCCACUCAAACACAGAUAACAUCACGCCCACAAUGGCCAACCUGUCGGGUGUCUUCCACCGUUUCUUCAUAGCUGCCAAAAACCUCAUCGCAAUCCACAUCGGCUUCGUAAGCAAAACACCGCUCGACCUUGAUCUCGAGGCCUUGUUUCACAAUAUCCGCUGGAAAACCCUCCGCAAACUAAGUAUCCAGGGUUGGCGUCUAAACGCCCAAGAAAUAAUCAACCUGGCUCGGAGGCAUAGAUACCAACUCCGCGAUUUCAGGCUCGGAGGCGUCUAUCUCAGACCGGGUGGUCGUUGGCGCGAUAUACUAUCCGUUCUCCGCGAAGAAAUGGACCAAUUAGACCGCCUGGACCUGCGGGAAAUUGACUACGCGGCCUAUUUCGAUUUGGUGGCUGUUUCGAAUGGAGUUGAGGUCUUUGAUGAUUAUGAUUAUCCUGCUCCUGUCCAGGUUCAUGUUCCCUCUUCGUUGACUGUUGCGGCAGGGACGGAGGAAGAGCCUAGUGUUGUUUUGUCGCCUGCUACGUAUACGCCGCUGGGGUUAGGGUUAGGGCCUGAUGGGGGGCCUGAUUUGGUGUGCGGGAAGAUGGGGGCUUUUGCGCGGGUUUCUGUUGAGAGGGUUCGGGCAUUGGGGGUGGAGGAUUUGGGAGAUGAUGGGGUUCAUGUUUUGCAUGAGCAGAUGCCGCUUUGGGAGGCUUGGGUGUUGGCUGGGUCGUUGAGGGCUAGGAGGAAUGGGAAUGGGAGAGUGCAUGGGUGGAGUAUGUAG